AUGCAGCGUGUCGAGUGGCUGCUGCUCCUGGCGUUGGUAGCCUCCGUUUCAACGGCAGUGACUCCAAGGAGGAGGCGACACAACGCGUCGGAAUCCGCAACUACCUCCAGUCCCGGUGAUUGGGGAUCAGCCUGGGGCUUGGGUCCGGAGAUGGCACUUGUGAGGAGGGUCUACGACGAUUGCCAAGACAAGAACGACUUCAUUGGCUGCCUGAAACAGAAAGCCCUCCAUGCUCUCAGUCGAGCCCUGGACCAGGACUCCAUCAAGAUAGUGGAUGGUCUGGUGCUGGAGAAGCAAAACCAGACCGAAACGGAGAGCAUACUGGGCUCCCUGACGGAUGCCCGGCAAUUUGGCAACCUGGCGCCCAUCGAUCGAGCCCUUCUCUCCAAGGCGGACAAGCUGAUGCGGACGCACACGCUUAAAAUCGACAUGGACGGAGGCGGCAGUGAUGCUAGUGUGGGUCGUGGCGAGCACGGCCACAAGAAAAAGAAGCACAAGGAGGGGGGCCACAUCAAGUAUGUGGUGGCCGCCCUCCUCACAGCCAUGGGCAUCGCUGGUCCCUUGGGUCUGAAGGCUCUGGCCGCGAUCGCCGGCAAGGCUCUCGUCAUCAGUAAAGUGGCCCUGACCAUUGCCGGGAUCAUUGCGCUCAAGAAACUCUUCUCGCACGACCACAGCGAGGAGACCAGCUUCCAAGUGCAUGCCGGUGAACAUAACAGACGCAACACAUACGUGAUCCGGCCCGUGUCCAAGACGAGUGGUGCGGCAGGAGCCGGUGGCGUGGGCGUCACCGCCGCCGGCGGCAGCUCUUCGGUGGAUCCGUAUCGCUACUACUACGAAUACCACCAGCAGUAA